GUGACGAGCCAGAGGUUGAGGGAGAAUACGUUACAGUAGAGGAAUUUGACGCAGAUCCAGCCGGUGAUGAUCAAGCUGUGGGGGAUGACCAAGCCGCAGCAGCAGAUGAUCAAGCUGCAGGGGAAGAUUCAGCGCCAGUAGACGACGCCGGAGAUGAACAACCGGCAGCAGGCGAUGAUCAAGCUCUCGGAGACGAUGAGGCCGCGGCAGCAGAUGACCAAGCUGCUGCGGGAGAUGACCCAGCCGCAGUAGAUGAACCUGCGGCCGCGGCAGAUGAGCCUGCGGAGGAUGCUGAGGACACUCUUGCCAGUUCUGCUGGCAGAGCAAACGAUCAACCGCCAGCUGAGUCUGAGCAAGCUGCAGCUGAGGAGGAGGAAGAAGAGGAACCUCCAGAAGAGGCAGGCCCCGAGGAAGCAGGAGAAGAAGAGCCAGGUGCUGACGAGGAGGAUGACGAGGGUGAAGCCGAGCUCGAGAGACAGAUGCAUGAGGAUGAGGAGGAAGAGGGAGAGCCCGUGGAGGAAGGUCCAGAUCCGAUGGUCGAGCUGCAGGAGAAGCUUGCCCAGCUCCUGGAUCAGAAUGAUCGCCUCAAGGGCAAAAAUGGCGCGCUCCAGCGUGCGGUGAUCAACCGACGAGCGCGAGAUAAGUCCUACGAUGCUUCCGAGAAGCAGUCGGAAGGCAAGGUCACUGAGCACAAGUACCAAAAUAUGUUGAACAACGUGCACUCGGAGCGCAUGAAGCUGCGUUUGCAGCAAGUCAUGGCUGCCCGCAUGAGCGACGAGCUUAAGUCGGGCUCCCAGAAAGUUGGAUAG